AGCGUUGCAGGAAAAAGGCCGGCAUGGCCGCUCUCAGGUCCCUCUCUGCCUCCGGCAGUUAGCCAUCUGUUUUCCCGUGUGAUCCGUGCCGCCACGCCGGCCAAUCGCGCUCGAAGAAACCGUUAAGAGUUUCCGUUGUAUGCGCGUUUAAACGAUCUAGUGCACAUUUGUCAUCUGCGUGCCGUGAACCACUCCCGUGCGGUGUUGUCCUGUGUUUUCGCGAAUCUCGCUAAAACAAACGGAGAAACAUGGCUGUUAAUGUGUAUGCCACAAAUAUGACGUCCGACAAUCUCAGUCGGCACGAUAUGCUUGCAUGGGUGAACGACUGCCUGCAGUCCUCGUUCACCAAGAUUGAAGAGCUUUGCACCGGAGCAGUUUAUUGUCAGUUCAUGGACAUGCUCUUCCCGAAUAGUGUACCUUUGAAAAGGGUCAAGUUCAAGACCAAUCUGGAACACGAAUAUAUACAGAAUUUCAAAAUUCUCCAAGGUGGUUUCAAAAAGAUGAAUGUGGAUAAGAUUGUGCCAAUUGAUAGGCUGGUGAAAGGCAGGUUCCAAGACAACUUUGAAUUUUUACAAUGGUUCAAGAAAUUCUUUGACGCAAACUACUCGGGAGCGGAGCCAUACGAUGCGCUUGCUAUGCGAGGAGGGGAGCCUAUGGGUAGUGGCGGAAGUAAUGCACCUCGUGGUGGUUCUAACGUGAAACGUGCUUCUCCACGUGACACAAUAAAUUCAACUAAACCGGCUCCUCGUACUACUGGUGAGGGACAUCCAUCUACCAUGCGUGCAGAUAGUACAAACACUUUAGUAACUAAAGUUCAGCCGCCGUACCGCGCACAACCCAAAAACACAGUUGGCAACCGUGGAGACAAUGGAAAAAUUGAAGAGCUUAGUGCACAGUUGGUUGAACUGAAAAUGUCGGUCGAAGGUCUGGAAAAGGAGAGAGAUUUCUAUUUCGGAAAAUUACGUGACAUAGAAGUCAUGUGUCAAGAUUGCGACAACAGCGGCGAUCCUCCACCUAUUGUACAGAAAAUUUUAGAAGUCCUUUAUGCAACAGAGGAUGGUUUUGCACCACCUGAAGAAUUGGAAGGUGAUGGACUUGCGCCCGACGAUGAGGAGGAAUAUUAACCUUUUUUAUUUACGGAUGUAAUUGAAAUGAACAAGCAAAUUAUCCAAGUGCGUUUCAGUUUACCAUGCCUGUGAGCCAGUAUCACUAUCCCUUGCAUAAUUAUAUAAGCUAUUUUACAUGAGCAAAUUUAACAGUCUUAGCGCGAAUGAUACAGAUGUUUUGUUAAUAAAGUUCACUGAAAUCAUCAAGAUUCGCACAAUGUUAGACUAGACUUAAGUUGAGUGCACUUGAAUAACUUGUUCUUUAUUAGCCGUUGACGCGCGCACGAAGGAAGAAAAUUGAAAGGGAUUAUUGAAGAAGGAAAUUUAACUAGUAAUCUAUCACAAAUUGUCGCAAUUCCUUAUAGCGUUAAAAUGGUAGAGUUCCGAAGAUCAAUGGCUCUUGAAUUGUUUCAAAAAUUUAUGGAUACCGAUACCUAUUGAUGUUAUCCACAUCCGUACUGUUACGUAGCGACUACGUUAACUACACACUUUUUUAAUGCGUGAGUGUUCUGUUUGUAAUUGUAUUAAGUUUGUAUCGAUAAUGAAUCACGAAGCUCCCAUGAACAAAUUUGUCUUCUGAAAUCAUCUAUAAUAUUAAUCCUAUUGAAAAAUUCGGUUGAAAGCUGCUCAAUUUGUUCCACUUGUUUUCUAUGUGCAAUAUGCUCAAUGCACUCAGCGAUUUCGUGUGAAGCAAUAGGUUUUCAUUAUUUCAUUUAGCAAAAUAAAUUUCGAUAUAUAAUUUUAAUAAUUAAAAUCUCAGUUUCGCUUUGACAUUUUAUCUGCAUUUUACCAAUAUAAAAACUUGCAUAAAAAUAUUUGUAGGGAUACCAACACCACAUACUUAUAGUCCAAAUAUUUUUAUUUCAGUGAAUUAGAUAGUGUGCGCUUCGUGAAAACAGAUUGUACGAGACAAAACGCGAUACGCUUAUACACUUGAUUGAAUUACAAAGAUGUGAAAGACUUUGAAGUUAGAGCUCAUAUUGAAAGAUUCAUCUAUUAAAGUUUAUCCCGUACAAAUCAAUUUUAAAAAAGACACAAUCAUGUUUGCAUCUCCAUGACAGUCUCUCGGGAUAUAAGAAUGGCCUUAAAACGUGGUGAAUUUGAGAUUUUGAUAAAAUACUCAAAAUCGCAGGAGUAAGCGCGAACUGUUUCUUCAUUAUAUCAUAGAAGCACCAUCAAUUGCGAUGCUGCUACAUCUCACUUUCAUAAAAAAAAAAAAAAAAAAAAGGUAAAAUCAUACGUUCCGAGAGCAGACGAGUGAGAGGGACAACGAGCGAAAGAGUUACGGCAUGUAGACGUUUUGCGAACGCUUACGUGUUUUUGGCAUGUGUGUGUGCUUUCAAUAUUAUUAGUUUCGAUUGUCGAGAUCAACAUUCAUUGUAGAUGCGGCGUUAUAAUCGAAUUAAUUUAAGCGAAAAGCGUCGAUCAUCAUGAAAUUGUAUUUAGGAUGUAAUUUGCAUUACGUGCUACGUCUUUAUUAAACUCCAGCAAGACAGAAGAAUACAGUUGGCUUGCAUUCUGUUCAUCGCUCUUUAUGCGCGCAUAUGUGCUGCAAAAUUAAAAAUUUUAAUGCCAAUAUAAUAAACGUUUAAUAAAAUCGAUCUCAAA